CCUCGAUAAAAAAGCGAAAGAAGAAAUCCAACGAUUAAAUAAAGAAGAUUCAAAGCCUCCUUUCUUUUUUACAAUUUGCACUAGCCGAGAAGGAGCUGUUCCAGCUGUUCGGGAUUUUGGAUCAAAUUCAGUGCACAUAACAUUACAAAAGAUGGCAACCCAGGACGUUAACAGCAUUUGGUUGACUAGGAAAUUCUACGAAGAUGCCGAAAUUACCUAUUACGAAAAUCUAGCUAAAGCAGCUCUAACUCCCUUGGCUGGUGAAGUAGCAAAAGCUCGUCAACGUUUAAUCGAAAGUAGGGACACUUUUACAUCCAGUGUGGAAUCUGUUGAUACCGGGGCGAUUAAGUUCAUCGAAAAGAAAGUAAUGGAAUUCGAUAAAUCAAUCAACGCCAUUUUGAAGCAACUGAAUGCGCUCGAGAGCCGCGUGGCCUCGUUGGAAAAGUCCGGCAGCCAGCCGGCGCCAGCCAAAGCACCGGAGCCGAAGAAAGUCGAAGACGACGAUGACGUGGACUUGUUCGGCUCGGAUUCCGACGAGGAGAGCGAAGCCGCAGCGAAAAUCAAAGAGGAAAGACUUAAAGCUUACCAAGCCAAGAAAUCCAAAAAGCCUGCUUUGAUAGCGAAGUCUAACGUGAUAUUGGAUGUGAAGCCGUGGGAUGAUGAGACCGACAUGAAAGUCAUGGAGCAGAAUGUUAGGAAAAUCGAAGCCGAUGGAUUGUUGUGGGGCGCAUCUAAACUCGUGCCCCUGGCCUACGGUAUACAUAAAUUGCAAAUCUCCUGCGUUGUUGAAGACGAUAAAAUUUCCAUCGAUUGGCUAACGGAAAAACUAGAAGAGCUCGAUGAUUACGUACAAAGUGUAGAUAUUGCUGCAUUCAACAAAAUAUAAAAUACCGAGCGUCUAACAGAAUACCAUUGUACUCUUUUUUUUGUAAUUAAUUUAUUAUGAUAUAAAUUAAUUUUUACCAC